UAAAUUGUUCGGCAUUGGAAAACAUAGCUCUAGUCUGAAAUUUCUCGUACCCUGAAAAAUGUCCCGUCGGUUGUUUGCAAUAGCCUCCUCAAUUUUCCGCCAUCGCGUCUGUGAGCGAAGCGUAUGCGAGAUACUUAAUCCAUCGCUGCCAUUCCGUGAAUUCGCCAAAGAAGCGCCUGCAAGAUUUCCAGUCUCUUCAAAACCAUGCACUUCUGAAGUAGAACGUUCACGGCGUCGUAUGCCCAUCAAUGGGAACGGAUUUGAACCAAAUAGGGAAACAGGUCCACGUUCAGGGGGUACCAUGCAACCUGAACCGACGGGAAUGUCUGCAGCAGAAGCUUGCUCAAAGGAAAGUGUGAGCGUUGAGGUUGUGAUGCCUGCGUCAGAUUGCUCAUCAAGUGAACCCUCUAGUCAUCGUCCGCGGCUUCCGCCCGAUGAAAAACAACGCCCAGCACGUCGGCAGCCCUGCCGAAAAUUGCGGCGUGGGCGUCAACUGGAUGACGAUGAGUUGAAAAAAUCUCUAGAUCCCAUACAGCCCAAGCCCAUUGGGCCACCGCGUUCAGAGGAGAAAUCUGCAGAGGCUUUUUCCCGUAACCUCUUUGGACCCCCUCCGCCACCACCUGGCCCGCCCAUGACCCCUACAGGUCCUCCCAGACGACCAACUGGUCCGCCCGCGGGCUCCAAGCUACCCGCCGUACAACGACCAGGAGGAGGCGGUGGACCAGGCGGUUCAAAGGGUUCACCCACUCAGACUCUAGUUCCGGCCCGCACCAUCACUUUGAUGCCAGGCGAUGGCAUUGGACCAGAAAUUUCGCUCGCCGUACUCGAAGUGUUAGAUGCUGUGAAGGCGCCGUUAAUUUUUGAGCCUGUGGAUGUGACACCAGUACUGGAUAAGCAUGGAAGAUCAACAGUACCCAGAGCCGUUAUCGAGAGCAUGCAGCGCACCAAGGUUGGUCUAAAGGGUCCCCUUAUGACGCCCGUCGGCACGGGAUUUCGUUCACUCAAUCUCACGCUGCGUCAGCUCUUCAGCCUCUAUGCCAACGUCCGUCCUUGUCGCACAAUUGCCGGUGUAGAAACCGUGUACGGGGAUGUGGACAUCGUAACUAUACGUGAGAAUACCGAGGGCGAAUAUUCCGGCAUUGAACACACUCUGGUCGAUGGUGUAGUGCAGAGCAUUAAGCUAAUCACACGCGCCGCAUCCUUAAGGGUAGCGGAGUAUUGUUUUAACUAUGCGAUCGCCAUGAAACGGAAGAAGAUAACAGCCGUGCACAAGGCCUCCUCGAUGCGCAUGUCCGAUGGUCUGUUCAUCAACUGUGUGCGCGAGGUUGCCGCCAAAUAUAAGGACAAGAUGGGAGACAUGAAGUAUGAGGAGGUAGAGUUGAGCACCGUGUGUCUUAAAAUUGUGAAUGAUCCGAAACUUUUCGAUGUUCUUGUGAUGCCCAAUCUGUAUGGGGAUAUAUUAUCCGACACCUGUGCCGGGCUAGUGGGUGGACUGGGUCUGACACCCUCCGGGAACAUUGGAGUCAACGGUGCAAUAUUUGAGUCCGUGCAUGGCACAGCGCCAAAUAUAGCUGGAAAGGACUUGGCCAAUCCUACUGCACUGCUAUUGUCAACGUGCAUGAUGUUGCGAUAUAUAAAGCUCAAUAAGUAUGCCGAUCUAAUAGAACGCGCCAUUAUCAAAACCAUAAAGGAUGACAAGGUACGCACGCAGGAUCUGGGGGGUAAGGCCAAAUGCUCGGAGUUCACCAAGGCCCUUAUUAAGAAUUUGAAGUGAUGAGCUCGAAAUGGAUUUACAAAACAAUGUUGUGUGCUUCAAAUUCUCAGCGCUAUUAUAAACUUGAACUUUGAAUUAUAUAUUUUUAAAAACGAGAAA